AAACAGCAGUACAAACACAGCAAAAGAAUCUGGAAGGAUAUGUCGGCUUUGCAAGCCUCCCCAACCAAGUGUACAGGAAGUCUGUCAAGAGGGGCUUCGAGUUCACCCUGAUGGUCGUGGGUGAGUCAGGGUUGGGAAAAUCCACGUUGAUCAACUCACUGUUCCUAACAGACCUGUAUUCAGCAGAGUAUCCUGGACCAUCACAUCGAAUUAAAAAGACUGUACAGGUGGAGCAGUCCAAGGUUUUAAUAAAGGAAGGCGGCGUCCAGCUGCUGCUCACAAUAGUUGACACUCCAGGGUUCGGAGAUGCCGUCGACAACAGCAACUGCUGGCAGCCAAUCAUCGACCACAUAGACAGCAAGUUUGAAGACUACCUGAACUCAGAAUCCCGGGUGAACAGACGACUGAUGCCCGACAGCCGAAUCCACUGUUGCCUGUACUUCAUUGCCCCCUCGGGACAUGGACUGAAGCCCUUGGACAUCGAGUUCAUGAAACGGUUGCAUGAGAAAGUCAAUGUCAUCCCGCUGAUCGCCAAAGCAGACACCCUCACCCCAGAGGAAUGCCAACAGUUCAAGAAACAGAUCAUGCGGGAAAUCCAAGAGCAUAAAAUCAAGAUCUACGAGUUCCCGGAGACGGAUGACGAAGAAGAGAACAAGCUGGUGAAGAAGAUAAAGGACAAGUUGCCACUGGCCGUAGUAGGAAGCAACACCAUCAUCGAGGUGAACAGCAAAAGGGUCAGAGGGAGACAAUACCCCUGGGGGGUUGCAGAAGUUGAAAACGGGGACCACUGCGACUUCACCAUCCUCAGGGAUAUGCUCAUCAGAACACACAUGCAGGACCUGAAGGACGUGACAAACAACGUCCACUACGAGAACUACCGCAGCAGGAAGCUGGCUGCUGUCACCUACAACGGAGUGGACAACAACAGGGCUAAAGGUCAACUGUCCACCAAACUUGACACGGUUGAAGGAAUGAGUCCCAUGGCUCAGAUGGAGGAAGAAAGGCGAGACCAUGUGACUAAGAUGAAGAAGAUGGAGAUGGAGAUGGAGCAGGUGUUCGAGAUGAAAGUCAAGGAAAAAGUGCAGAAGCUCAAAGACUCUGAAGCAGAGCUUCAGCGGCGUCACGAGCAGAUGAAGAAGAACCUGGAGGCGCAGCACAGAGAGCUGGAGGAGAAGAGACGCGUGUUCGAGGACGAGAGAGCGAACUGGGAGGCCCAGCAGCGCCUGGAGCAGCAGAAAAUGGAGGCCUCCAGGACUCUGGAGAAAAACAAAAAGAAAGGCAAGAUCUUUUAAAGAGACGGUCGGCAGGACGACCCCAAAACUCCAGUUUUAUGUUUUGUUUGCCAACGUUGCCGGUUCAGGACACCCGUGUGUGGCACUGACAUCACCCACCUCCUCCUCCUCUUUCUCUCUCUCCUUUCCCUUCCCUUCUUUUUUUUUUUUUCUCCCCUCCUCCCACCCCUCCUUGUCUCCCGUCCCUGCUAUGUCUGCCAGCACAACUGUGCUCCCGCUCCCCGCCACUAGAGGGGGGUAUUGUGGGUCUGUGAGGAGGUGGAGGGCGUCUGAAUGUUCGGAGCCCCCCCUCCCCCCCGCUGCCUCGGGACUCCUCAUUAAAGUAUAAAAAAAAUAACCCCAUUUCAGAACGGCCAAACCCAUAUUAUUAUUUUAAUAAUUAUUAUUAUUAUUGAUGUUAUUAUUAUUAUUUGUAUUAUUGUUGUUGUCCCUACCUGCUGCUCUCUCUCUUUCUUUUCACCCCAAGGUUGCUUCUAAAUGACUGAUGUGUACAGUUUUUAUGGAGAGCACAGACAAAAAAAAAAAAAAAGAAAUUUCCCAUGAAUCAUGUCUGACUGUUGUACAAUCAAGUUCUGGUGAAUUUUUUUUGUUUACAGAGAAAAUGAAAGUAACGGUAUAUGAACAUUAACCCGACCUUCCUUCGUGUAUUAAAGUGAGAAGAGGACAAGGCAUUAACUAAUCCUUUUUGUUUGGUUUCGAGUGUAUCCGGUAAACUUUUAACCCUGCUUCUGUCACAGCGACAGAAAAGAAACGUGUCAACAAGAAAAACCUGAAACCAAGACAAACAAUAAAAUGCACCUUGGGCCUUUUUUUAUAGAUUCAAAAAAACAAAAACGGCUAAAGCUUUUUAUUCUGAAAUGUAACGCUUUCUUUUUCCUCUGUUUAGCUAUUUUCCACUAGCCUUGGACCACCAUUUAUAUUGUCAUAAGUGUUAUAUUUCACUUUAGUUUAUUUUUAUAUAUACCGAGCCAGCUGGAGUAAUAACUUCUUUUAUAUGUUUAGAAAAAAAAAUCCUCAGAGACUUGAGAGCGGCGUCCACUGUUUAACAGAAACGUUCACAUCUAACAGUGAUCCAUCGAUGCUUUAAGAAAAAACAAACAAUAAUUCAAUCACUCUGCGGUAACGGAUCUGUGGAAAAAUGAAGAGUCAACACCGCAGUUUGCUUUGGCUAUGUACUCCAUCUCUGUAUUUUUAAUUUUAUUUUUCAUUUGUAUUGUACAAAGUCACUUAAUAAACCUGUGAUGAUA